UAUUCAGAGCUCGUAGGGAGUGUCCCACACACAUGCACCAUACUCAUUCUCUCUCUCUUUUUUUGCUUCUUCCCCAUGUCAUCUUCAUUUCCUCCUUACAUGAGCUUGCUUGAAAGGCAAUAUUGGUGAUAGUUGACAGCAGGCGAGCAGAGGCAGGACAGAAAUCUGCAUUCAGUGCACAGGACACCACAGGAGGCAGCUGUAAGGAUCGAUGCCAAAGGUGCUUCAGAAGAGUGUGUGAAAACUAGUUUGUGUUGCUGGAUGGGUGACUGAGCUGACGAGGAACAUCUGGUGCACAUUUGAAUCCAAACUAACUUCUCUUUGAACUUCUUUCGAUAAAUUUAUCCCUCCCUCACCACAUUGUGCCCUUUGACCCUGCGCCCUUACACCGCAGUGUGAGUGGGUGGGAUGGCAGAUGGUGAUGUGGGUAUUGGCCCCCAGGUGUUCGUGGUGGACACUCAGGCCAACUUCGUCUCCUUACCCGGUACAAAAAAACCAAUGUGGGCACAUGUAGGCCAAAAGUUUCUUCUCUUGCUGGUAGGAUUGACCUUGUUGGGACUUGUUGUCGAGGGAUUUUUCAUCUACAAACUAUACAAGCAAAACGAGGCACUUUUCCUCUGUAAGUCUUAUCCUCUCUGCCAGAACCUGUCCACUCCGACAACAUCUGCCCAUCAAGGUGGCAAUAUAAUGGGUCGAGUGGGGCAUGAAGACUCCAAUGACAUUCCCACAGUGCAACCACAUCCGCAACAGCUCCAAAAUAGGCCCUUUGCUCACCUGAUUGGCCCCAACUCUGUAGGGCAGACAAGUGAAGUGCAGUGGGUUAAAGACGGUGAUGCCUUCACCAACAACAUGAGCUACAACAAUGGCCGGCUGUCAAUCAAGAAGGAAGGCUACUACUACCUCUACUCCAACGUGCAAUUAGAUGCUAGAGAUGAGUGUGUGGUUAUCCAGCACAAGAUCAUGAAAGAAACCAAAGCCUAUGGCAAACCUAUAGAGCUUAUGAAAUCAAAAAAUACGCGCUGCCAGACCCCGAAAACUUCAAGUGGGAAGACUGUUACUGUGGAGGAUCUGCGGCAGAGUUUCCUGGCUGGGAUCUUCCACCUGGAGAGUGGAGAUCAAAUUUUUGUCACACUGGACAAUAUACAGAAGAUGCGUCCAGGACCUACUGAGAACUUCAUGGGGGCCUUUAUGGUAUCUCCUUAGAGGCAUAGACAUAGAAUCUGUCCCACUUUCUGAUCAGAUUCUACAUCUCUGUGUGUAUGUUUUCUACUUUGUGUUUUAAUUUACACCAUAUAUGUGGUGAGUCUAAUAUAUACAAUUUAAUAUAUACUGUACUUCAUUAAUGUAAUGUAAUUAAUGUAUUUGAACCACUUAUGAAAAAGCAACAUAUGGUUGUGAUAUCAUAAAAAGUAACUGAUAUUCAGGCUAUAUCAUCCUACUAUAUAAUUUGUGACAUAUUUUGCUUUGUGAAUAAAAUAUUAUUUUUUAUCAAA